AACUUUCCUUAAUCUUGAGUUCGAUUGGAUCGAAACACAUGCCCGCGCUGCAAAAAUAAUGAAAUCGUCAACCAGUUCCGGGAUUGUGCUGGUGGAUGUUAAGGCAACAAGAACCUACAAUGGGUUAGAUAUUUGGCACAUGGAAGUCACGGGCCCUCCUUAUAAUGCGACCGAGAAGCAUACUUUAGGCGACUCGAAGAAGACUCUCCAAACGGAUAUUUUGAACUUAAUUGCAAUAUUACGGAAUCAUCUCGAUUGCGAAGUAAUACUUGCAACAAAGAUUAAGGUGUUUAGCACCCAAUCAAUAAACAACCGACUUACUCUUUAUGCUCUCGGCAUGCUUCCUGAUGGACGCUUUCUCGCAACUGAGCUCACAACAGCCACCAUACCUUUCAGUUUUAACGCCCAGAGUCAAUAUAAAGCUGUUCUCAGGAUGAUGGCCAUCUUCCAU